ACAGGGGAAGAGGGCGGAGCGGCUCUCCCUAGACGCGUCACGGGAGCACCAUGGCGGAGCUGGGAGCUGGCGGAGGGAAUAACAUCCGCGGGGGGAGCGACGGCGCUUCCUGGAGCGAAACAGCAUCUGAAAACUCCCAAGUGCAAGAUAAGAAGUCUCCUGCACCUGGCCGCCCCACCUCUGCUGCUCUAGGACAAAAUCGUAAUGUACCAGGAAACAAACCAGACCCUCCACCUGUACUUAGAGUUGAUGACCGACAACGGCUGGCACGAGAACGGAGAGAGGAACGGGAAAAGCAGCUAGCUGCAAGAGAAACCGUAUGGUUAGAAAGAGAAGAGAGAGCUCGGCAACAUUAUGAAAAGCACUUAGAAGAGCGCAAGAAGAAAUUAGAAGAACAGAGGUUAAAAGAGGAGCGGCGACGAGCUGCUGUAGAAGAGAAGCGAAGACAAAGACUAGAAGAGGAUAAGGAACGUCAUGAGGCUGUUGUCCGGCGCACAAUUGAGAGGAGCCAGAAGCCAAAACAGAAACCGAAUAGGUGGUCCUGGGGGGGAUCCCUCCAUGGCAGUACUAGCACCAGCAUUCACAAUACAGAUCCAGACAGGCGGUCAGUUUCAACAAUGAAUCUUUCGAAACAUGUUGAUCCAGUCAUUAGCAAGCGGCUCUCCUCUUCAUCUGCAACAUUACUAAAUUCUCCAGAUAGAGCUCGCCGCCUGCAGCUCAGCCCCUGGGAGAGCAGCAUUGUAAACAGACUCCUGACGCCCACACAUUCGUUCCUGGCCAGAAGUAAAAGCACCGCUGCCUUGUCUGGAGAUGCAGUUAUCCCCAUUUGUCCUCGUUCAGCAUCUUGCAGCCCCAUCAACAUUAUGUCCUACAAAGCUGCACAUUGUAGAAAUCCAGCUGACCGGCCCAAACUCUUUGUAACACCACCCGAAGGUACUGGGCGAAGAAGAACUCUGCACAACACAAUGGGUCAUAAAAGAGAAAAGGAGAGAGAAAACAUGCCCUUCCAUCUCAUGUCUGGUAUCCGAAGAACCCUGUCUCCAUCAAACCCCAAAACUAGAUCACCAGCUCCCUCCACAGUUUGGCACCCAUCCAAGUCCUUGUCUCAUUUGCCUGGCACACCCAGACCAACAUCCUCCUUGUCACUUGGCCCAUCCAAAGCUACUGCUGCUCAGGCACGGCCCCCAUCCCCUGGCAACAUCCGGCCUAUCAAGAAAGAAGUCAGACUUGAGUUGGAGAAAAAAGACUCUGAGAAAGAACCUGAGAAAGUAGUUGAAGCAUCAUCACUAGAAGGCCAAAUUCCUUCAGUGAAUGCUGAAGAACCUACAAAUGAGGAAGGUUCACCUGUCAAGCCAGAGGCUGCUCCAGCUGCUCCAGCCGCUCCAGCAUCAGUGCCAUCCCUGCCAGCCACUGCACCUUCAUCUGGUUUGGGUAAGACCUCUGCAGGAACCACUGACCCAGAAGAAGCCACAAGACUGUUGGCUGAGAAGAGGAGGCUAGCUCGGGAACAGAGAGAGAAGGAAGAACGGGAGAAGAAGGAACAGGAAGAGCUUGAGAGGAGGAAGAAGGAGGAAUUAGCUCAGAGAGUAGCUGAAGAAAGAGCUCGUCGAGAGGAGGAGGCCCGAAGGCUCGAGGCCGAGAGGGAGCAGGAACAGGCCCGGGAGAGGGUAGAACAGUUGCGGCGGCAAGAAGAAGAACGAGAGAGACGCGAAAGAGAAGAAAUGGAGCGGGUCCAGAAACAGAGAGAAGAAGAAGCCCGCUUACGAGAGGAAGCCGAGAGGGUUCGACAAGAACGAGAAAAGCAUUUCCAAAGAGAAGAGCAGGCGCGCUUGGAAAGGAAGAAGCGACUUGAAGAAAUUAUGAAAAGAACCAGAAAAACAGAAGCUACAGAUAAGAAAGCAAAUGACCAGAGAAAUGGAGACAUAGCCAAGGGAGAUACUACAGUUGGAACAGAGAUAUCACCACUUCCAUGCGUGACAGACUCUUCAAGGAAUGGAGAACCAGUGACUGACCCUCAUCAGCCAAUAGUGACUAUAGACAGUACUCUCAACACUGAAAAUCAACCAAAUGAAAAUGGAGUGUCUCUUCAGAAUGACACCUUUGAAGAAAUUAUAAACUUACCCAUCGGAUCUAAACCAUCCAGAUUGGACAUCACAGACAGUGAUGGAAGCCCAGAAAUUCCUUUGAAUCCUAUUUUAGCCUUUGAUGAUAAGGAGACUCUUGGGCCAUUGCCUCAGGUAGAUAGUGUUCAAACACAGCAAACAGCAGAAGUUAUAUGACCAUUUCUUCUGAAGAACCAAAGGUGAAGUUUAAUAAGCAUUUCUACAGUUAAUGGAAUUCCUUCCAUGCUAUGAAGGAGUGUUUUUUUUUCCUUCCUCUCUCCAGUUUUCUAAAGAUUUCUUGGAUAUCUUUUUGAGAGACUUUAUCAAAACCAGCUAAAGAAACCUUGGGGAAAAUAGACUGGAUCGCCUUUCUAAUAGUUUUUGCCAAUAGAAAAAAAAAAGUCAUGCUUCCUAUACUCGGCACUUUUAAAUGGCUUUUUUCCAAACGUGCUCCUUCUUAGCAAAUCAAUAUGUUCUGUGUUCUUUGAAAGACCAAAUGCACUGGGAUUUGAAAGGGAUGGGCUAACUGGGAUGAUAGACAUGAUUUUUCAGGUGGAUGUCUUUGUUUUAAAUGCUGUAAUGUAAAAUUGGCAACAAAAAAUUUAUAAAUCUAAUACUUGAAAAAAUAAAUACCUCCUUCUCCAAGUAGAGCUAAUGGGGGGAGGGGUGUUUAAAUUAAGCCUGUUUGUUUAAAUAUUUUCACUGAGCUCUAUUUGUAGGGGCAAAUGAUAGGCUUCUGUAUCAGGUUCUUGUAAAUGCAACUCCUACAUGGACAUUCUGUAAAUUCAGCUAUCAUUACUUAUUUCUUGAAUCUUCUUUUGAGAAAACAAACAAAAACAUUUUAAAAUGUGAAAAAAUGGAAAGCAUUAUUUUUUCAUGAAUGAGAAAUAAUCUGCUGUACUCUUAAAUAAUGUAUUUAUGAAGUUUGUCCAGUUUCAAAAAAUUCAAAUAAAUUAGAAAAAAUGUGGCAAAUGA